AUGAAGUUCACUCUCCUCCUCUUUCCACUCCUAGCUCUUGCGCUCCGUUCGCAGCCGCGUUCCAGGACAGGUGUGACAGAACACGUCACCUUGAACCUGCGUCCCGGCAUCUCGUUGGAGACCACGAAUGCCGGCGCCCAAGAUUGGAUUUUCCAGAUUGUGGGCAAGUGGUCUGGCUUCCAGGAUGGCCAUUGGGGAUUAGAACUCGGGGAUGCUCCAACCGCCGUUUAUUGGUUCUUCAGUAUGCCCAUCCCUCUCUUUCCCCCCUGCUAGGUCGCAUGGGGCAACGAGCUAAGUAGCUCGCUGUGAUAGACUGGGACUCGGUAGCAAGCCACCAAGAGUUCACCCGAUCCCCAGAAUACCCCGCCACGAUCGAGAAAGUGGAAUCCCUCGCAAGCUCCUUUUCUGCCCCCCACGUUCCGCUCCAGCCAUUCCCGCCCAGGGAGGUGUUCGCAUCCCCCGUAGUCUCCUGGGUCACGUUCAACCUCACCGGUGUUGCGAACUCCACCGCCACGACGAACUGGCAGGCGACCGCUAAUGACUUUUUGGGCAACUUGACUCGCGUCAGUGGGUACAGGGCUCAUUCGUCCGGAUGGGAGGUUGAGGACAGUAGGGUCUUUAGCGUUCUUGUUGGGUGGGAGAGCGCUGAGUCUCUAGGGGCAUACGUCAUCAGUCGAAGCUUUGCGGAGGGUUUCCGAAGACUGGUGAGCGGUGUUGCGUGGGAGCACAGGGUAUUGAGAGUUGCCGGGUAUGUCCCAAAGUUGUGA